UAAGUUGUAAUUUUCCUUUUCUAACCGAUUUUCAUUUGUAUUAUUAACAAAAAAGAAAAAGAAAAAAAAGGAAAACUCUUUACUCUCACUCCCACACUUCCCAUAUAAAUAUACAUGUGAGCAGAGAGGGAGUCUCAGGAUCUGCAGAGAGAGAGAGAGAGAGAAUUUGGGUGUAAAAUCAGGUUUUUGGUAUUAUAAAAAGGAAAAGAAAAGAAGGUGGUAGCAGCAAAGGAAAGCUAUGGAGAUGGGUUUCGUGUGGGUGGUCCUGAUAUGGAUAUCGGGGGGUUUUUGGUGCUUGAAAUGGAUUCUAAAGAGAGUAAAUUGCUGGCUCUAUGAAAACCAACUCGGGGAAAUGCAGUAUUCCCUGCCUCCAGGCGAUUUGGGGUGGCCUUUCAUUGGUAAUAUGUGGUCCUUUCUUAGAGCUUUCAAGUCCAACGACCCUGAUUCUUUCAUGCGCAACUUCACUGCCAGAUACGGUAGUGGUGGAAUAUACAAGGCCUUCAUGUUUGGGAAGCCCAGUGUGUUGGUAACAACAUCAGAAGCAUGCAAAAGGGUAUUAACAGAUGACGACGCUUUUAAGCCUGGUUGGCCAAGCUCCACCACGGAGCUCAUUGGCAAGAAAUCAUUCAUUGGUAUUUCGUACGAAGAGCACAAGCGUCUUCGCAGGCUCACAGCCUCUCCUGUCAAUGGACAUGAAGCUCUUUCCGUCUACAUGCACUACAUUGAAGAUAAUGUCAAAUCUGCCUUGGAAAAAUGGUCCACUAUGGGAGAGAUCCAGUUCUUGACUCAACUCAGAAAACUUACUUUCAGGAUCAUUAUGUAUAUCUUCCUUAGCUCCGAGAGUCACUCCGUCAUGGAGGCUUUGGAGAGGGAAUAUACCACUCUUAACUAUGGGGUCAGAGCCAUGGCCAUUAAUCUUCCUGGAUUUGCUUACUAUAAAGCGCUCAAGGCGCGCAAAAACCUUGUCGCUGUACUACAAUUUGUAGUGGAUGCGCGAAGAAAUCAGAAGAAGGGCGCAGAGCCUAAUUCAUCAAAGAAGAAAGACAUGAUGGACGCUCUUUUGGAUGUUGAAGAUGAAAAGGGUAGAAAAUUGAGCGAUGAAGAAAUCGUUGAUGUUCUGUUAAUGUACUUGAAUGCAGGCCAUGAAUCUUCUGGCCAUAUCACUAUGUGGGCUACUGUUUUCCUUCAGGAGCACCCUGAAUUUCUCCAAAAAGCCAGGCAAGAACAAGAGGAGAUCAUAAAAAGGAGGCCACCGACGCAAAAAGGAUUGACGCUUAAAGAAGUCCGAGACAUGGAAUAUCUUUCUAAGGUCAUUGAUGAAACUCUUCGUUUGAUAACCUUCUCGCUUGUAGUUUUCCGAGAGGCAAAAACAAAUGUCAAUAUAAGCGGAUAUGUCAUUCCCAAGGGUUGGAAGAUUCUAGUCUGGUUCAGAAGUGUUCACUUGGAUCCUGAAAUAUACCCAAAUCCAAGGGAAUUCAAUCCUUCCAGAUGGGAUAAUCAUACAGCGAAGGCAGGAACUUUCCUUCCGUUUGGAGCAGGAAGUAGGAUGUGCCCUGGAAAUGAUCUAGCCAAACUCGAAAUUGCUAUUUUUCUGCAUCAUUUUCUGCUGAAUUAUGAGCUAGAACGUCUCAAUCCUGGAAGCUCAAUGAUGUACUUGCCUCAUUCAAGACCAAAAGACAACUGCUUGGCAAGAAUCAAGAAAAUUCCUUCUGCAUGAGAACAUUGCUGGUCCUUGAAGAAAAAUAAAAUAAUGAUUUACUAUAUAUCUAUCUAUAUAAAUGUAUGAUCAUAUGCUUAAAAUAUGAUUUGAUUAACCACAGCCAAUAUAAUAUAUAGAGAGAGUAUCUUCACA